AUGUCACUAUAAAGUUAAGCAAGCAUUGACUAUUCUUCAAUCAACUAUUGCACAAGAAAAAUGGGCACAAGCUAUGAAUCUCGAUUAUGAGUUUAUAUCGAGUUUUCAAUUACAUCGUCUUUUAGUAAGACAAUGGAAAAGACUAAAUAUAAAAACUACUAUUCAUAUAUUAAUGGAUAAUAAUGAUCAAGAAGAUUUAGAGACUAUUUUAUAUAUGAAAAUGGUAAUGAAAGAAGCAGAUAUUGAUUCAAAAUUAUGCUUAUUGUCUAGUGAUCUCUAUUGGAAAGACUCUAUGAUUGUUGACAAAGAUGGUGAAAUUGUUAAAAUUGUUUGGAAAUUAUGGGAUUGGGAAGCAAUCUUUCAAAACUUUCGAGAUCCAUAUCAUGACAAAAAAGAAGAAAAUGGAUGGAUAUCAAUGACUAAUGAACAUCCAUGUUUAAGUGAUAUUUUAUUAAAUGAACAAAUUAGAAUUAUCGAACCAUUAUGGAAAUCAAUUAUAAAUCAUAAAAGAUUUUUCUCAAUACUAUACACAAUAUUUCCAAAUCAUUUUAAUAUUUUACAGAAUGAAUGGUUUCUAUCAGAAGAUUCGAAACAUAUUUCCUUUGUGAAUUCAUCCAUGGAAGAACAGAAUAAUGACAAUAGAGAAGAAUAUUCUGAUUUUCAUCAUAUUUCUCAGGAAAUAUUCUCAGAAAAGAAUUCUAAACAUGCUGAUGAAAUUAUUGUUGCUUGGAUGAUUCAUGAUUUAUGUUCUGGUUUUAGUAUAUGGGACGAUCAAAAUCAUAUUACUAAUACAAAUAAAUCUAAAACAUACAGUUGUAUAAUUUGA